CAUCAGAUUCCAUGAUGUCUCCUGUGAAAAAUACAUCUAGCUUUGGAAGUCCAGCAGAUAUUAAGCCUGAAACAGCCAUGUCUGAGCUGGUGCCAGAGCCUCGGCCAAAACCAGUGGUGCCAAUGAAACCUGUUGGUAUUAACUCUAACCUGCUGGGCUACAUUGGGAUUGAUACCAUCAUAGAGCAGAUGCGCAAGAAGACUAUGAAAACUGGAUUUGACUUCAACAUCAUGGUUGUAGGCCAAAGUGGACUGGGAAAAUCAACACUUGUGAACACCCUGUUCAAAUCUCAAGUGAGCCGCAAGUCUUCAGGUUGGAGCCGUGAAGAGAAAAUCCCCAAAACAGUUGAAAUCAAGGCGAUCGGACAUGUUAUUGAAGAAGGUGGUGUCAAAAUGAAGUUGACAGUUAUUGAUACCCCUGGAUUUGGUGACCAGAUCAACAAUGAAAACUGCUGGGAGCCCAUUGAGAAAUACAUCAAUGAGCAGUAUGAGAAAUUUCUGAAGGAGGAAGUGAAUAUAGCAAGGAAGAAACGAAUCCCGGACACAAGAGUUCACUGUUGCAUCUACUUUAUCUCUCCCACAGGUCACUCCUUGCGACCCUUGGAUCUAGAGUUUAUGAAGCACUUGAGCAAAGUAGUAAACAUCAUCCCAGUUAUUGCCAAAGCAGACACCAUGACUAUGGAGGAGAAGAUUGAGUUCAAACAGAGGGUACGCAAAGAACUAGAAGUCCAUGGAAUUGAAUUUUAUCCCCAGAAAGAGUUUGAUGAAGACCUUGAAGAUAAGACAGAGAAUGACAAAAUUAGGGAAAGUAUGCCAUUUGCAGUGGUGGGCAGUGACAAAGAAUAUCAAGUGAAUGGAAAAAGGGUCCUGGGCAGGAAGACACCCUGGGGAGUCAUUGAAGUGGAAAAUCUCAAUCACUGUGAAUUUGCCCUACUCCGUGAUUUUGUCAUAAGGACCCACCUUCAAGACCUAAAGGAGGUAACACACAACAUCCACUAUGAAACUUACAGGGCUAAACGACUGAAUGACAAUGGGGGGCUUCCGCCGGUGACCGUAGAGAUAGAAGAAAAUCAUGAAAGCAAUCUGUGAAUGACCCCUCCUGGUCUGCUAUCACCUGCUGUCUAUGAAUUAUAGCCACCACACCACCCUUACCUUUGAUUUGAAUUCAGGCCUCUCUUUGAAGCAUGUGGAAUAUCCUUUGUGUGUGCAUAUGAGGAAAGAACUAGGGGCACAGCUCCCAGCUUUCCCCAAAUG